GGUCCAUCAGUAUAUCCAAAAACCCCAUCUUUCUCUUUCUCUCUGCUAAAAACCCCCAAUUUGCUUUCACAAUUCCAAACCCUAAUUCUGAAUUCUGAACUAUAUCACCAAAAUGGCUGCUCUUUUUAGUCUACCAUCUUCUAGCUUCUUGGCAAAGCCCCAAAGCUCCAAGCUUUCAUCUGACUUUUCCAAUUUCCUGAACCCAUGUCAGAAUUUGAGACCCAUCUCGAUUUCUAUAAGACCCAGAAGCAAGGAGCAUGGUGUGAAGAUGUCCUGGGAUGGUCCAUUGUCUUCUGUCAAGCUGAUCAUACAGGGAAAGCACUUGGAGUUGACAGAACCAGUGAAGAAGCAUGUGGAAGAAAAAGUUGGAAAGGCGAUUCUAAAGCACAGCCACCUGGUGAGGGAAGCCGAUGUUCGGUUGUCUGUUCGUGGUGGAGAGCAAAAAGGCCCAAAGAUUAGAAGGUGUGAGGUCACUUUGUUCACCAAAAAGCAUGGAGUGUUCCGGGCUGAGGAAGAAGGUGAGACACUUAUUGCAAGCAUAGAUAUGGCUUCUUCCAUCAUCCAGAGGAAGUUGAGGAAAAUCAAGGAGAAGGAAUCAGACCAUGGCCGCCACAUGAAAGGCUUUAACAGAUUGAAAGUCAGGGAGGCACAACUCCCCGUGGAAGUGGAAGAAUCAGGUCCCCAGGAUGAAGAGGAAGACUUGUUGGAUGAGGUUGUUCGUACAAAGUACUUCGACAUGCCACCUUUGACAGUAGCUGAAGCAGUAGAUCAACUGGAGAACCUUGAUCAUGACUUCUAUGCUUUCAGAAAUGAAGAAACUGGUGAAAUUAACAUUCUAUACAGAAGAAAGGAAGGAGGCUAUGGGGUUAUUAUACCCAAAGGAAGUGGGAAAGCUAAUAAGGUGGAGAAUGUGGUGGUAGAACGUGCUUAUGAACACACUGCGGCAGAGUAAGAAGGACUAGGAAAGGUUCUGUAUAGUUAUGUUUUCCUCUAAUGAUCUGAAGGAUUUCGAGUAACAGUAACGUGAAAGCUGACGCCUCCUGAGACAAACUUUGAUCCAAAGUGUGAGAGGCAUUGUUUUGUACUGUAAUGUAUGAACCAAAAUUUCUGAUAUACAAAUUACAAGCAUC